UGUAUAUUAUGGUUUACGCGGUAGAUAAUACACGCACGGCUAUUAAUGCUGUGUCAUUUUCCUACUUCUGUAUCGCUGACUGCAUGAGUGGGUUAGCUUUUGGUUUUCCGGUUCGUUUUGAGGUCUAAAUAAGUAUUUGUUCUACAGCUAUAGCCAUUUCCGUGAAAUUCUGCAUUUCGAUACAAUCUAGCGCGAUUAUAGUAUGCAUCAUAGACGCAUAUACAAAUCCUCGAGUUAAACGAAUCUACACCCUCUGAACGCGUACAGGUGGGACUGCAAUACAUCUUACAUUAUAGUCGUCUGCUUUCUACAGUGUUGUCUCUGAAGUGGUGCAUAUACUCAGUUGAUUAAACUCAAGAGCUGGAUUAAAGGCGUAAACAGUCAAACUGAUCUACUGAGCGACAACACUACUACCAACACCAACACCAACAACAGUGGUGCGUAAUAUUUUAGUGACCGUCAUCAUGGGGUCACAACCUAGUCUCCCAGAGGUCAAUCUUGCUGAUAAGACGAUCGUUGUAACAGGAGCUAAUACAGGGAUUGGAUAUGAGACGGCCAAAGCACUGGCUCAAGCAGGGGCAAAGGUCAUUGUAGCAUGCCGGUCAGAGUCUAAAGCAACUGAGGCCAUUGAACAAAUGAAAAAGGAGCAUGCUGAAGAGAAAGCGGAUCCGAAAAAGCAGAGAGUUCAAAUAAAAGUCGAUGACCUCAACGUUGAAUUCAUGGCCCUUGACCUCGGGUCACUACAAAGUACAAUGACCUUCGUAGAAGCCUACAAGAGCAAGGGUCUUCCUCUCCAUGUUCUUGUGUGCAACGCGGGCAUCAUGUGGGGCCCUGAAGAGCUGACGUCGGAUGGAUACGAACCUCAUUUCCAGAUCAACUACCUUUCUCAUUUCCUUCUCAUCCUGCAUCUCCUACCCGUCCUGAAGAGCUCUGGCCCUGGUGCCCGGGUCGUGUCGGUAUCCUCCCUGAUGUACCGCUUCGCCGGCUGGAAUGCAAGCGAUCUGCAGUGUCUGACAAACAAAGACAGAGGAAAACGAUACUCCAACUCAAAAUGCUAUCAGGUCAUGCACAUGUUCUCAUUGGCUCAACGGUUAGAAGGGUCAGGGGUCAACGUUUUUUCGCUGCAUCCCGGUGUCGUCAAAACAGAGCUUGCAACGCGUGAAGGGCAGCAGGUACCGGGGUCCACGAAAUUUUUCCUAAGCGCCGGAAGCAAAAUGUUGCGAACUCCAUUUGACGGAGCACUGACUUCUCUCCAUGCGGCUGCGAACCCGGCAUACGAUGAGAAGACUGCCCUCUACUUUGACAGCUCAAAGCCACAGAGCGUGAACUCAAUGGCAAGAAACAAGGACAAACAGGAGAUUCUGUGGAAAUAUUCUUUGGAAUGCCUAAAGGAUCACAUCACGGAGGAUGUCAUGAAGGAACUCGCAUCAACAUAAGUCACCUGGGCCCCAUUUCACAAAACUUGUCAUCAGUGAUAAAUGACAGUUGUUGUUAUAAGCUACUGAAAUCCUUGCUUUUGAUUGGUUAUCAGUAGAUUUGUCACUGAUUUUUGUAAUUUUUCAUUCAAAAAGGCUUUGUGAAACGGGUCUCUGGACCCUUUGGACAAUUGUUUAUAUUUGUUUAAAGGUGAAAUAAUGCCUGUGCAAUAAAUUCUCUAAAAGUCUUUGUAGUGACUGGAUAAACAAUGUCGAUAAGCGGCCCUAUAUUAUAUGAACUACCGAGACAAUUAUUAUAACUUCACCUGACUGCCAAGAAAGCAUUUUUAUGAAUUUACGUAACCAGGGAAUCGAUGGCUUUUAGUCGUCUCCGAGAGACUUAGUAACAAGGAUUAAUGUCUUACCAAAGAGCAAUAGCGCAUCGAAUUGUUGCGAACCAAGGACCUCGCGGGUACGAUACCACCGCUUGACCACUGAGCCAUCAUGCCUCCUCGAUAUAUCGAUGGUAUAUUAUGAUAUUGAAAUAUAAAGGUACAGUGUAAAUAAACAUAAAUAAAAAUAUAAAGGGUGAAAUGGUGCAUUAUGUUCGAUAUAAACGCCGUGGUAAUUUAUGUUAAUAUACCGAUAAUAUAUACAUGUCUAGUGCGAAUCCUGAAUAUAUUGAAGUAGAUAUUAACUAAUAAGUGUUAUAAUGACGAUGAUAACAAUGAUAACCAUAAAGUAAAAGUGGGCACAAUAAUACAUUUGAGUUAUGAUAUAUAUAUAUAUAUAUAAUGGAUAAGAAGAGAAGUUUUAAUCGGAUAUAUACAUAUAUAUACAUGUAUACUGUAGUAGAAAAUGAUUGUGACAAUGUGAUUUAUUCCUGAAUGAUAAACUUUAUAUCCUCUUGAUCCAUUUCUAAGACUCUUUAGAUUGAUCAACAAAUUUCGGGAAGAAAUAAAUUAUAUUUAUCAAGUAAGCAAAUAUUAAUCGACUACCAGGGUAAUGGUACAAACUGUCAUCGCCGAGGUGAUCUCGGGGCUACUAUCAUCCCGAACCGCCAUGAUGGUAGCCCCGAGAUCACCGAGGCAAUGAUAGUUUGUAUACAUUGCCCGAGUAAAGGAGGUUAAUAUUUGUUUUAUAUCCUACAUCGGCAAUAGCAAAUAAGGUCUAGUUAAAGUGAAUUUUACAUAAUUAAAAGAACUGAUUCUGCAGACAGUUUACCUUCAUGCAUACAUGUAAUAAAGUCGAUCGGAUGCGCGCCCAUUUGACAUUGACAUUGACAUUGACAUUUCGCGUAAACUACUUUGCUACGCUUAAUCAACGGGCAAGUGGGGCAGCAGCAAAAAUACUGUACAGAAGUCCUAUCGCAGGGAGAUAGUAGGCUAUCGUUGAUCAUGUGACCUCGUUUUAUAGACCAAUCAGAUUGCAAGAUGCGGGAUAUAAAAUAAACUAUAUCGUCACAAUCAUUUCAUGAAAAGAGUAGAGAAAAGUUAUUCCUCUGUUAUUGGAAUUAUUGUAUACAUACAUACAUGUAAAUGUUUUUUUUUUUUAAUCAAGAUUAGUAUUGUAUUUGUGAUUAAUUAACACAUUACUAGAGUAGGUAUCUUACUAUUUGUGUAAACCACAAAUAAAAGACAAUUACAACAUUUCAUAGAAUGAUACAUUAUUUUUGAACAGCGAAUUAAUGUCGUAUGUUGUUGAACAGGAGGAUAAACUGCUCGAAACAGUUGAUAUUAAAGACAAUUAUGCAUUACAAGGUUCAUGAAUUUGCAAAUGAAAAACUGUAUCUAAAACGCUAUGAUGUACAAUAUUAUCAUCUUUAUUAUAAUUAUAAUUUCUUUUUUGUUGUUGUAAUUGUUUGCAAAAGUGACGCUAUAUGGAAGGAAAAAAUAAUCUGUUACAAUUUUAUAAUAAAUCUUUUUAUAACAAACUGUCUGGCUCAAACGAGAACGAUCUUCUCUAGUCUGUGAGUAUUACUCAGUAAAUAUGCAAUCACUCUGUAAAUAUAUACACAUGUAUAUAUAAAUAAGACCCGCGAUGAAAGUAAAAAUGAGAAAUGAGAAUUGA